GCUGGUUCCUGAAGUUCAGCGAGCCUCAGGAGGAAAAAAAAACUUUCCCUGCUUCUGUGCGGUCUCUUGGUGAGCCGAUGGUAGCCACCACUGUGUUUUGUUUUGGAGGAUUACAUUUUUAACGACUCUGAGCCGUGUCAGCAUGUCCUUGACGGAUCAGCAGUGGUGUCCCACAAGCGUCCAGGUAACGGUACUCCAAGCCAGGAGCCUUAGGAUAAAGGGGAAAAGUGGCACCAACGAUGCGUACGCGGUCAUACAAGUGGGCAAAGAGAAGUACCAGACUUCAGUGGUGGAGAAAUGCGUGGCUCCGGUGUGGAAGGAGGAGGCCUCUUUCGACCUCCCGCAGCUGAACCAGGGAGGAGGAGGCAGCACGCUGCACGUCCACGUCCUUCACCGGGCUCUGGUGGGCCCGGACAAACUGCUGGGACAGGCGGUCAUUAAUCUGUCACAGCUCAGUGAGGACAAAACACGCAACAAAACCGAAUGGUUUAAACUUCUUGAUAAGACUGGUAAACCAGACAAAGACAGAGGAGAGGUGCUUCUGGAUAUCCAGUUCAUGAGAAACAACAUGACUGCCAGCAUGUUCGACCUUUCUGCUGCUGGCAAAUCUCGGUCUCGUCUGGGCAAGUUCAAGGACAAAGUUCGUGGCAAGAAAAAGGAGUCGGAUUCUGUGACCAGCGUGGCGCCGUCUUUCAGUCAGGUCCUGACGGACAGCGAGGAGGAGGGCACCGGGGAUGGUGAAGCGACGACGGGCAAGGAUGGAAAACAUAAGAAACACAAGAUUAAGUCUUUGUUUUCUCCAAAGUCCAACUUGGAGAAGAGCAUGUCUCAGUCUAUGUCUGUUCUGCCUGGGAAGAACUCCACGCUCACCGGCAGCCAAUCAUCUGGUAAAAAGAAGUUCAAGUUCAUGAUACAUAAACGCUCGGGCAGCUCAGGCAGCAAGGAUUCAUCAUCUGGUCGUGAAAAACAGGUUUCUGUAGAACAGAGUAAUUUAUGCAUCAAUGGCAGUCACGUAUACUGUGAGGAGCUGCCAUCUCGGACUUCUCGCAUCAGCUCAAACUUCAGUCUGGCCAGUUCAGGUCAUGGAUCAAUGGAGGAUGUCCCUGAAAACUCUCCACCACCUGAGCAACAAAAGGCAGCGAGGCAGUGUUCACCUUGGGAAGAGGAUGAGAAGGAGGAGGAAGACACUCCUGAAGUUGAAAACGUUAAAGCGAAUGUGAGUGAUUUAGAAAGGACUAUAAUAGAGGAGGAGACGAAAGAAGAGAAAGUUAAGAGGCAACAAGAGAGGCUUGAAAGUUUAGCUGAGGACAGAGAAAAACAAGAGGAAGAGGAGACGAGGAGUAAAGAAGAGGAAAAUAUUAGAAGUGAGGAAGAAAAGAGAAGACAAGAGCAAGAGGAAAGGGUUAGGAUGGAAGAAGAGCGUGAAAGAUUGGCAGAGGAAAAGAGACUACAAGUCCUAGAGAGAAGGAAAAUAGAGGAGGAAGAAAAGAAGAAAAGAGACGAAGAGGAAAGGAUUAGAAUUGAGGCAGAGAAGAAGAGGUUAGAAGAAGAGGAGAGGGUUAAGAUGGAAGAGAGAAGGCAAGAAGAGCAAAAACUGGCAGAGGAAAAGAGACUUGAGGAAGAGAAGAGGGCACAAGAAGAGAGGAGAAGGCUAGAAGAGGCAAAAAUAGCUGAGGAAAAGAGACUGAAAGAAGUAGAGAGAAGGAAACUUGAGGAAAGAAGAAAGCAAAGAGAUGAAGAGGAAAGGAUUAGAAUUGAGGAAGAGAAGAAGAGACUAGAAGAGGAGGAGAGGGUUAAGAUGGAGGAAAAGAGAAGGCAAGAAGAGCAAAAACUGGCAGAGGAAAAGAGACUUGAGGAAGAGAAGAGGGCACAAGAAGAGAGGAGAAGGCUAGAAGAGGAAAAAAUAGCUGAGGAAGAAGAGAGGAUUAGAAAGGAAAAUGAGGAGGAAGAGAGGAGACAAAAAGAGGAGGAGGAGCUGCUGAAAAAACUGGAAGAAGAGCAAAAGAAAAAAAGGAUACAGUUGGAGCAGGAAAGGAAGCAAAGGGAGGAAGAAGAGAGGGUUAGGAAAGAGGAAGAGAAGAAAAGGCAAGAAGUGGAGGAACGGGCUAAGAAAGAAAGGGAAGAACAUGAGAGAUUAGAGGAGGAGAGGAAACGGAUUGAGGCAGAGGAGAAAAUUAGACGACAAGAAAGGAUCAGGAUGGAAAAAGAGGAAAAAAGGAGACUAGAAGAACAAGAAAAUCAAAGAGCUGAAGAGGAAAGACUUAGGAAAGAGGAGGAGAAGAGACGGGAGGAUGAGGAGAGGGCUAGGAAGCAAAGAGAAGAAUAUGAAAGACUGUUAGAGGAAAAAAUGCAACAAGAAGAACAAAGAAGACUUGAGGAAGAGGAAAGAAUUAGAAGGGAAGAAGAGGAAAGGGUUAGGAUGGAGGAAGAGAUGAAGAGGAGAAAAGAGGAAGAAGAGAGGACUAGAAAGGAAAAGGAAGAAAUGGAGAGGCUGGAGGAAGAGAGAAGACUGCAGGAACAAGAAAAGUGGAGGAUUGAGGAAGAGGAGAGGAUUAGGAGAGAGAAGAAGGAAGAGGAGGCAAGGAAGCUGGAGAAGUUGAGGAAUGCAGAAGAGCAAGAGAAGAGGGGAAACAAAACAACAGAUGAAGUUAGGGCUGCAGGGAAGAAACCCAAAGUGAGCAGUCCUGCAGUCACUUCCACUAAUCCUUUUGAUGAAACCUUCUCUUCCAACCCCUUUGAGGAGAUUCCCAAGUCCCUCGACAGCAGCACAGCUGAAGAGCCAACGGUUCAGCAACGGUGUCACUCUGCCGUGUCAUCGGUGAGAAGUAAGACCGGUUCUGUGGAUGAAAAGGACCUGAUUAGUACUCAACGGGAGAAGCGAGCAGCUCCUCAGCCGCCAGUAAGGAGUCAAGCUGGCAAGCAGCCUCACAGGGAGCAGGAUGUGCCGGCACGACAUCUGGCACAAAUUAACAAGCAAAGCAAAGACAAAGAUGUCAAAACUGUCAGUGUUCCCCCACAGCGCUCGGUGCAAAUGAUCGCUCCGCUGUGUAGGUCUCCCACAGAUUCAAAGAACUCCCAGAGCCUGAUGCAAAGCAAUAACGCUAAUGGAACAACAAACGAAGCCAAACACAGCAAACGUCCUGCACCGUCCGUACCUCCUCCUGUGGGAGAAAAGCAGUCAUCAGAACCAAAAACGAGCUCUAAUCUAGGCGGCGCAGAGACCAAACAAGUUAAAGUUGUUUGUGGCUUAAAUCCUUUUGAGGAUGAUGAAGAUGAAAGUGAGCUCACAGAUCAAGAUGACACAGCAGUCUCUAGUAAUACUGGUUCAAUACACUGGCCUGCAGCUGUGUCACAAAGUGCAGAUAAAGAUACUGCCUCUCAACCAAAAAUCAAAUCCUCAAAGACGGCCCACGCUCCCCCACCUCCUGCAAAGAAUGACAUCAGCUCGAACACUUUAACGAACCCGGGCACGGAAAGAAGCCAUGCUACAGGUGAUCGAAGUGCAGCUGCGCCCGAUAACGAUGCACUCCAAGCAUGCGACCCGUAUUAUGAGUCCAAAAGUCCUGGGCAUGUCCCAGUGAGUCCACUCCAAGAGUCCCAGUCCCUUAAAGUCCAGAAUAUAGUGGAGACAGAUGUGAAGAAAGACUGGGCCCCUACACCUUCACGCAGGCUUCAGCCGGUAAGACCUCUUAAUCCUCUUGAGCAGCAGGGUGCCUCAGUUGUUCAAGAGGAAAAUGAAAACAAAUCCACAGGAAUCCCCAGUGGACUUCAGGACAAAACAACAGGAGGAUGACAGUGGGAUGAAAGGGCCUUACUCCCAGCUGACCCGGGAGGAACUGAUCUCUCUGAUCUUGAAACAGGAGAACCAGCUCUCGGAGAGAGAUUAUAAGAUAUCGGAGCUGGAGCAGUACAUUGAUAAUUUACUUGUGCGAGUCAUAGAAGAGAAGCCAAGUAUCCUCAUGUCCUUGACCGCUAUGAAGAAAGCUGCUUAGGUAGCUUUGCAGGCAUCACUGUAUUCUUGCUGCACUUAAUCAGACCUGUUUAUUCACAGCUCGUCCACAUUGGAAAUAUCACUUUAUAGAUGUAUUGGUUACGUUAAUGCAACUGGAAUACUUUUGCUGUAAAGUGUGGAGGAACACUUUAGAUUUCAAAUAUUUCAUCACCCAAUAAAAUUAAUGAUUUGAGGGAAAGAAAAUCUUUGAAAUAUUUAGCUCUCUCAGCUAAAGGAUUCAGUUUGGAAAGACUUUGUAGUUUUUAGAUGAUCGAUAAAUUUAGACAUUUGUUUCAUGUGAGUUUAAAGGAUAUCUUGUAUAUAUCUGGUCAUGCCUGUCAUCUUUCUUCUGGAAAUAACUUUGAUAAAUGUGUAAUCCUGCCAGCAUACCAGACUUGUUGCAUUUCAUGGCGAAACUCGAGUUGAUUUCUCUCUGUAGAGCUUACUGUCAAAGUUUACUGCUAAUUCCCAUGUGCACUUUAAGUAGCUCACACUAUUAACUGUUAAGACACUGAACACUGUACUGAGUAUUUUUACUGCUUAAAUAAAUUUGAAAAAUAAAAUAAAACCAUGAAUUAAUACAAACACUGUCUGCUACUUUAUUUAGUUUCUGAUCAGAUUAUAGCGCGUUUUAAAGAUUAGUUUUCCUUUCCUGAAGAAACAGUUGUUCUUGUUUUUUAAAUCUUAAUUUAUAUCCUGGAAUAUUUUUCUGUAGGCUUCAUUUCAUCUAAUGUCUGUACGCAGUACUGAAAUUUAAGUGUACAUGGUCUUCUUCAUCAUCUUAAAAUUAAUCUUGACAUUGAUUUGCUAAAGCUUGUUUAAAACAUUUGCUUUUGGUGAUGUCAAAGGAGAAUGGCCAGACUGCUUUAAGCUGAUAGGAAGCCAACAGGAAGUCAGAUAACCACUCAUUAUAACCAAGGUGUGCAGAAGAGCAUCUCUGAAUGAACAGCAUAUUAAAGCUUAAAGCAGAUGGGCUACUGCAGCAGACGACCACACCGGGGGCCAUUCCUGUCAGAUGUAAACAGGAAUCUGACCUCAGUCCAACAGAGCACCUUUGUGAUGUGGUGGAAUGUGAGACCUGCAUCGUUAAUGUGUAGCCAACAAAUCUGCAUCAACUGUGUGAUGCUGUCAGGUCAAUAUGGACCAGAAUCUGUGAGGAACGUUUCCAGCAUGUUGCUGAAUGUGUGUCAUUAUGAAUUAAAGCAUUUCUCAAGACAAAAGGGGCCCAGCCCGGUACCAACACGGUGUACCUGUACGCGAAUCACAUGGUUAGGUCACCUAGCAGUAUUUAUAAAACUGAGGAUUACUCUGAUUUAACAUUUGAUCUCCUUUUGGAAAAAUAAAAACCAUAAUCAUAUGAAAAUUUCUAGUAAUGCAGAGGCUAAGGUUGAAAAUUGUGUUUAAUCAUAUCGUCAACAUGACCCUAAGAUUGCUUAGUCUAAAGUUUGUCUGAAGACAGUCUGCUUGGAUAUCCUUUUAUGCUGUACAAAACGUGAUGUUCUUGGAUAUUUCUUCAAGAACUGAUCAUGAACAGAUGGAGUAAUUUGAGAUAAACAAUCCGGUAAUAUGAGUACUAAUGGGAAACUUGCCUUGGCUGUGAUGAGUUCUCAAGGUCUCAAACUGUGAAGUUCUGUGUACCACAGGGUGGAAAUCAGCCUCUAAUCAGCCUCUAUUCAGCAAGUCUUCCAGCAGCCACAACAUAUUCAGUUGAUCUGCAUGUGCAAAGGGCAUUGCUC